AUGCAUCUGUUACCAAUUUGUAUACCUAAUCCAAGUAAAUUAAAUAUGAAAGAUAAAGCUAAUGAAUUUUGGACAAGAUGGAAUUUUCCAAAUUGCAUAGGCGCUAUCGACGGUAAACAUAUUCGAAUGAAGUGUCCAAAAAAUACCGUGUCAUUGUAUUUUAACUACAAAGAAUAUUUUUCUCUAGUUUUAUUGGCCCUAGUUGAUGCAAAUUGUAAAUUUUUAGUCAUUGAUGUUGGGUCCUAUGGUAAAGAAGGAGACAGUGGCAUAUUUGGAAAAUCAAAAAUGGGACAACAAAUUUAUUCUGGAGAUUUUAAUUUCCCAGAAGAUGAAAAACUACCAGGCACUGAUAAUUCGACACCAUUUGUAAUUGUUGGUGAUGAAGCAUUCAGACUACAUAAAAAUAUUAUGAAACCCUAUUCUAGAUCUUCAGCUAGACAAGAUAGAGCUAAAACUAUUUUUAACUAUAGACUGAGUCGUUGUCGAAGAGUGACAGUAAAUGCAUUUGGAUUACUAGCACAAGUUUUUCGAGUAUUUAAUACUGCAAUAGCAAUUGAUGUCGAAGUAUGUGACGAUUUAAUAAUUGUUGCAUGCUGUUUGCACAAUUUAUUGAGAGAUGCGUUUUUAGAAAAAGGCAAUAAAAUUUACUAUGAAUAUGAUGAAGGGCAAACUUUUGAGAUGGGUAGUUUAAGAAGUAGAGGUGGCUUUGCAAGUGCAGAUGGUUUUGAUGUGAGGGAAAAGUUUAAACAAUUUUUUAUUCAAGAAAGAACUGUCCCGUGGCAAAAUCAACAAAUUUCUAGAACAUUGUCAACCAAUACUGCUUUUAUCAACAAUCAAAUUUAA